UGCUGUAGUGAGAAAUGUUGCAAUGGGUUUAUCUCACUCCGGUAGGACUGGAGCAUAGGGAGCGGUCCAAGACUUUACAAACAAUGGCUUUAAUCUCUUGAAACAACCGCAUCUCGGGUUACAUUUGUGUCAGGUGGAGUCUGAACGCAACUCGUUGGACUGGAAAAUGCUCACGGAUAGGAUUUUGGAGGAAGAGUUUGACAAGGAUGGAGAGCGCUGGUUCAACUCAAGGGACCUCGAACACGAUCUUCAUUUGGCAGCAGAGCUGGGUAAAACUCUCCUGGACCAGAAUCAUGAGCUGGAAGAGGCUUUGCAACAGAUGUACUCCACCAACCAGGAGCAGCUGCAAGAGAUAGAGUACCUGACCAAACAAGUGGACCUGUUGCGUCAGAUGAACGAUCAUCAUGCCAAAUUAUAUGAGCAGUUGGACAUGACAGCGCGAGAUCUGGAGCAGGGAAACCAAAGAUUAGUGCAGGACAACAGGCUGGCUCAGCAAAAGAUACAAAGUUUAACAGAGACCAUUGACAGUCUUCAGAGCCACAUGGAGGACCUGCAAGCCCAAGUGGAGGAGCUCAAAACAUCUCAGACCGAUCGAAACAGACGAGAAAGGGAGCAGAGACGUGCGCUGGGGGCACAGAGCGUGUCCUGCCUGAAAGAGUUGUAUGACCUUCAGGACAAUAGACAUAUUCACAAUGACCCCAUAGAGGGACUUUGGUCGCACCAAGUCUUUCACUCAAAACAAAAGCGGUGUCCAAAUCCCGAGGAGGAGCACAGAGAUCUGCAGCGCUGCAUACAGACCCUCCACGCUCAGAUGGCCAUAGAGAGGAGCUACAGAGAGGCAGCUGAACGUGAGAUUGAACUCACAGUCCAAGAAAACAGGAGCCUAGAGGAACGGCUGGCCCUUCUGGAUGGAUGCAGGGCGCGGAAACAAGAGCUGGAGGCUGAGGUGGAGCAGCUGAGGUGUCUGUGGCAGAAAGACUGUGUCAGCAAGAGGUUAGAGCAGCUGCUGUUGCCAGAAACAGUUUUCUUUUCUUCUGAGGAAAAGCCCAGCUCUGAGCAGAGUGAAACUCCGGAGAGUUCAAGUGAGCAGCACAAACAACUGAGCAGACCGAGGUGUAACAGUGACAGUGUCCUGAGAGCCACUGAUGAGCUCCGCCACAGCCACGAGCAGAUGUGUGUGCGGCGGGCGGAGGCGGUCACACAGAGAGGCAUGUCCCUGCUGCAUGAGGUCGACGCUCAGUACAGUGCUCUCCAGGCCAAAUAUGAAGAGCUCCUACUGCGCUGCAAGCAGGCGUCAGACAGACUUACCCAUAAGGCCGUGCAGACGUCCACCAGCCCUUCAGUAACGAGUCGCUCCUGGAGGCGACUGUGCGACCUGAGUGUGGUCUGUGAGGAGGACCAGCCUGAAUACAAGCUCCUGUUCAAAGAGCUGUUCACCUGCAUCCAGAAGACCAAACAAGACCUGUGUCACAACAGGGAGACCUCCAAAUGAGGCCACUGAAUCUUUCAAUUGUUUUGUUUCUACUGAUCAUGCGUCAGCAGCACUGUCACUGCCUGAGGAAAUGAGGCCAGUUUUAAUAAUUGUGGUAGUUUAUGAGAAUGUACGCAGUUGUAAUAGCAUUUAACUAUUCCUAAGGGAAGAUAUACAUCUAUUAAUCUAUUGAGUAUCUAAGUCAAAAUUGCUGUUAUAACUUUAAAUUUGUUUUUACAGAAUUUCAGUAGAAUACUGUAGUUGGCAUUUUGGGAAGUGGUUUAUGUAGAAAAGUAGAUGGACUGAAGUUAUGAAUUUGGGAGUCUUGUAUGUGGAAGAAUGAAAAGCUGUUGCCAAUUAUUCAGCGUCAGGCGUUGAGGAUAACAGUUGGUAUUUGUUGAGUUGUGUAAGUUCACAAUGGUCGGCUUAUGAGCAAGGCAUGGGCGUUAUGAAAGUGUAAGUAGGUGCAACCUCAAAAGUCGUAAGCAAUAAGUGCUAUGUAAUUCAGUGUAGUAAUUACUAUACUGUAUAGAGCUAUUUAUUUAUUUUUUAGAUUAAAUUUCUAUUUAUUGUAAUUUAUUAUUUCAUUAAUUAAAUCAUUGUUAGAAUUUCAAGCCUCAGGAAGGAAAAUAGUUAUCAGUAUAUUGACUGCUGAUUUAUAAAUCUACAUAACAGUAUUGUGAAUUAUUACUGAGCAUUAUGUAUUCAAUAUAUUCAUCAUGUUAGAAAAAGUAGAAAUCACAUAUCAGUGUUAUCUUGUUUCAGCAUUCACGCUACAACUAAUGACCAAAGCAACUUUCAAUAAAGAAUUCAGUGGAAUAAUUUA